AUGAAAAAAUUAAAUGACGUAAAUAAAAAAAUCAUAUCUGAAGUUGUUGCAAUUAGAGCCGCUAUUGAUGGAAAUGAAAGCAAACUUACGCAUAUAGAUACAUCUGGUGCCAAGCUAUCUGGUGAGAUUGCUAGUUUGAAGUCUGAAUUAAAUAGGUCAUUUGCCAGUGUCGUUAGUGGUGAGAUGAAAAAAGGCGUUCAAUCAAUUAAUCAGGACGUGAAAAUUGUUCAAAAAAAGUUGCAGGAUGUCGUCGAUAAUAAGGAAAGAGAAGCUAAUAUAAUAAUGUUCAAUUUGAAGGAAGGAUCAGACGACAAUGCAAGAGUCUGCCAAAUAUUGGAUCAUUUGACUGAAGGGGUAUGCGGAGAAAAAAAUGUUCUGAAAAUGAUGAGGUUGGGCAAAAAAAAUGACAACGCUAUUAGACCAAUUUUGAUUAAAUUUAAUAAUAUUGAAGCUAAGUCACAUGUUUUCAACGGCAUUAGAAAAAUGAAAACUCUGAAAGAUGAUUUGGCUUGUACUAGAUUAAGCCACGAUUUCAGUAUCGAUCAAAGAGCUGUACUUAAAAAGUUGCUCAAAGAAGCCAAGGAGGCGGAGGAGGGUUGCAAGCAAGGUUUUUUAUAUCGAGUGAGAGGAGAGGUGAAUGGUAUUCAUGGAUUGAUAUGUGAUGGGCUUGAUAUCUUGGUGCUUACUGAGACUUGGCAUGGUGUGGUUGGUAAUAAUUCAGUUCGGUUGGCUAUGCCACCUGGGUUCUGGUAUGUUGAUUAUGUUAGGCAGCACGAUCCAGGUCAUGGUGGCUUAAUUGUAUAUUUCCGUAAAGAUUUUGGAUAUAAAAAGUUAGUCUUGCCAUUAUUUGCCACAUUUGAGGCUGUUUCCAUCAGGUUUUCGACUAGUGGGUAUCAGUUUAUUUUACUUGCCAUUUACAGACCGGGCUCUGCACAAAUUUCUUCUUUGUUUUUUGAUGAACUGAUAUCUGUUUUAGAAUAUGUUACGAUGUUAAAUGCCAAUAUUUUGAUGAUGGGGGAUUUCAAUGUGCAUAUUGAAAGAGUUAAUGACAUACACACAGUCCGUUUGAAUGAAAUACUUGAUGCAUUUCAAAUGAUCAGUCAUGUACAUGAACCAACUCACGAGCAAGGUGGUAUUCUUGAUCUGGUUAUUAGUUCAAGCAAUUUUCCGAUUUUGGGAGUUGAAAUAUUUCCAAGUGGAAUAUUUUCAGAUCAUGGUUUUGUAAAGGUAGGGAGAAAAGCAACGAGGAAUGAUGUGUUUUAA